GUGUUUUUCCCUUUUGCUUUUUUGUGAUUUAGGGACCCAUUUAGUUGUGGACACUUUUGUUUUUUUUUGCAUUUUCAAAAAUUAAGAUUUUUUUAGAGAAUUACAACUUCAAAUAAGAUUUUUUUCAACCGCUAGGAUAAAAUGGCUUCAGCUAAGUUCAAACUGUUUUUGUGGUCUGCGUGAGAGAUGAUGAUGGAUUCGUUAGCUUCUCCAUGGAUUUCAAGAUCAUCCCUCAUCCACUCGCCAUUUUCUUCUUCUUCUUCUUCUUCUUCUUCUUCGAAUCAGAAUUUGUUGAAGUAUCAAUUGUGCUUUUCUCUCUCUGGCCGGCUUGGGUAUUGUCGAGCUCAAUAUGUAGCAAAUGACAACAAAGUUGUGUUCCGCGAUGCUCUAUAUUAUUCUAGAACCGCUGCCAGUCAUGCCAGAGUUACUUCCUUUCUACCAGGGAGAUUUUGUGGACACUUUGCAUCACAGGGAAGGUUCAAGUGUCCCAUUAGAAGAAACAAGGGCUGGGGCUCAAGAACUGCUGCAUGGAGAACAAGCUGUCUCUUGGAAGCUACAGUUUCUUCUCCCUGCAUCGAACUCUCAGCAUCAGAGGCCACCAUUCCCCGAGCGUCACUUAAUUCCAUGCAUAGGUUGGUCGUAGCAGAACUAGACCCUACUACAGCAAAGUUGUUAAUCGGGAUCCUUGGACCAUUUCUCUCAGUAUUUAGCUUUUUGUUUAUUCUGAGAAUAGUGAUGUCGUGGUACCCAGGGCUCCCAGUGGGGAAGUUCCCAUUUGUAAUAGCACAUGCUCCGACCGAACCACUUCUGGUUAUUACGCGGAAGCUGAUUCCACCGCUUGGCGGAGUGGAUGUAACUCCGGUGGUCUGGUUCGGGUUGAUCAGUUUCCUCAGCGAAAUAUUAGUCGGCCCCCAGGGCCUUCUUGUCCUCCUCUCCCAACAGGUUUAGUUGAUAUGCCUAGAAGAUGCAUCUAGGGUGUUGUUCAAUAUGUUUGUUUGUUUUAUUUUUUGAUUUGAUUCCCAAGGAAUUUAAAAUUGUGAAGACUGACCUCGAUCAUUUUAUUUCUUAAUGAUAGAAUGUCUUGUUCCCCACA